AUGGAUCUGAAAGAGUUUAUAGCUGGUGGAAAGGAGCCAUCUGCCAAAAUAGAUGGUGUUGCUUUUGCCGUUAUUAGUAUUGCUGUCUUCGUCGGUAUUUUCACAGCUAUCAAACUUUGCAAUAUUUGUGUUACAAAAAAUAUAAACCCGCACCUUGAUGGCGACGAAGUAGAACACGCUUCGCACACUCACACCGCGAUUACUUUAAAAGGAUCCAGUGGAAAUCGAUACUCAGUUGCCUAA